ACGUAAGCACGUCAGACAAAGUGCCACGUCAGACACAGUGCCACGUCAGCAACAUGACGGGCCUGCCAGGCCAACUGGCCAAUGAGCCCAUUGCCGACUACAAAAAGUGUUUCCAUGCUCAGCUCGCUUUAAUCGAGGCUGAGGAACAACACCAGCUGGCAGCCAAGGCUGCCCAGCUACAGGCUGAGGAAGCGGCAACAGCAGAGAAGCUGUGGCUACAGGCCGAAGCAGACGCAGAUGCCCAGGCUCGCCGCAAAGAAGCCCAGGGUCUGCUGCAGCGGCAUGAAGCCAACAGCAUCGAGAAACUCAAGUUUUGGCACUUUGAACCGAACGGCGACAAGGCAACACCGGAAGAGCAGCAUAAGGAGUUCAUGACCAAGCUAGUGACCAGGUUGGUUUACACGUGUAACCACCUACAGUCCGAGCUGGCGAACCUCCAGCGGGCCGUGCGGAAUCAUAAGACUCAGCACGAGGAUGCCACACGGGCAUUGGACGCCCGUAUACAGGACUUGGAACAAGUUCCGCCAAGACCAGAUGCUGGGGCUUCCAGCAGUGCAUCCUCUAGCCGCCAACUGGAGGAACGCGUUGACCACGCAGUGGCAAUGCUCGACGACAUCAGCACCUUCGCUGCGCCGACCACCAUCAGCAGUCAGCUGCAUACCUUGAAGACCGAGUUCCAACAGCUGCAGUCGACGAACGCGGAUGGCAAUCCGAAGUUGUACAAGAUGCCAACUUUCCAACUGGACAAGUUCGACGACUAUACGCAGCAGGAUCCGGUCCUUUGGUGGGAAGCAUUCACAACGCAACUCAGGAUUCUGCCCGUCGCCAAGCACGCAUACAUCGGCGCCUUGUUCAUGAACUCAAAGGGCGGAUGCCAGAUCUGGUUGACCCACCUGGCAACCUCCCACGGCGUCGACGUACCAGACUUGAAGGACAAGAUCACAUGGGAGGAACUGACACGACUGUGGAAGAAGCGGUUCAUUGUCGACGACGCGCCAGCACUCGCCAUCAACCGUCUGUUCACCAUGUCACAGGGCAACACCGUAACACGGGAUUGGCUCACGGAGUGGCAGAAGAUUGCGGCAGUGCCCAAUCUGGACUUGCCAUUCACGCAUUUACGCCGUGCUCGACCCACUGGCAUUCACGGACUUCCAGUGGAUGCCCGUUCCCCCGACCGGACAAUUGUCGAAACCGCAUUGCAAUGUGCUCAUGGCACAACUGCGGGAUUACUUGCACACUGCAGGACCAGCUCCGUUGAUGGACGCCGGAGUAGAGGUUGUCGACCUUCACGUUUACAUCGCGAAGAUCGACCGCGAGUUCAAGACGCAACGGUACGACGGCAUCGACCCACCAUUGCUAUAUGUACGCAUUCAGAUCGAAGAGCCUUGAUCGAUUGCGGAGCAUCUCACAACUACAUCAGCCAGGACUUCAUGGUGCGCGCCGGCCUUGGCCCACGCGUCCGGAGGAAGUCCCAGCCUACGCAAGUCACAUUGGCGGACGGUCACACGCACAAGUCAAUCGACCGGUGCAUUGACAACGUCCCAAUGUACUUUGCCCCUCACGCAAGUGAGGCGGUGUCCUUUGACAUUCUGGACACCAAAUUUGACAUGAUCUUGGGCAUGUCAUGGCUGCGAAGCGAGGAUCACCCGGUGAACUUCUUCCACCGCACCGUUCACAUUCGUGAUCGGAACGGAGUACUAGUUCCAUGCACGAUGCCUCUUCCUCAUCCUUCGAUCAGCUGCCACGUGGUAUCCGCCGCAAGCAUGCGAGCUUCCAUCAUCAGAGACGACAUCGAGGAGAUGAGGGUGUGUUUUCUCCACGCCCUCCCGCCCCAUGACGCUUCAUCGACGGACUCAUCUUCGGAUCCACGCAUCACCGAGCUUCCCGACGCCUACAGCGACAUGUUCGAAGGCCCGCACGGAGUAGUACCGGAUCGGCCCAUCCGCCACGAGAUCAUCCUCGAGGACGGGGCCGUACCUCCGCGCGGUUGCAUCUACCGAAUGAGCAAGGAAGAGUUAAGUGUGCUCCGCGCACAACUCGACGACCUUCUAGAGAAAGGCUGGAUUCGGCCUAGCUCAUCGCCAUACGGUGCUCCUGUUCUCUUCGUCCGAAAGAAGAACAAGGACCUGCGGUUGUGCAUCGAUUAUCGCAAGCUCAACGCACAUACAAUCAGGAACGACGGCCCUCUCCCACGCGUCGACGACCUUCUCGAGCGAUUGGGCGGCGCCCAGUUCUUCUCUAAGCUGGAUCUCAAGUCAGGGUACCACCAACUCGAGAUUCGUUAGGAGGAUUGCUACAAGACCGCGUUCAAGACACGGUA